CAGAUCUAACGAAAAAAAAAAAAAAAAUUCCCCAAAUUCAAUUUUCAAAUUUCGAAGCCUCAAGAAACCCUAAAUUUUGCAAUCGAGUUGCUGCUUCUCUCAAUCUAGCCUUGGGGUUAAGGACCUCGUACAUUGUACGCGAUGGGAGAUUUCAAUCUCGCUCUCGUGAUUGUAGCGAUCGUGGUUUGCGUCAUUGUUUUCAUCUCCAGCAUCUACCUCCUCGUCAACUAUCAGCAUCCAGAUGAUGCGAACCAGGCUUAUUUCCCCAAAUUCGUUGUCGUUUUUGGUUUAUCCAUUGCUAUGAUCUCCAUUCUCAUGUUGCCGGCGGAUGUGGCUAACCGGCAUGCUUGUCGGCAUUCGAUUUACAACGGCGCCUGCAAUCUCACCUUACCCAUGAAGGACCUUUGGCUUGCCGUUUACAUUAUCGACGCUGUCCUUGUCUUCUUCAUUAUCCCCUUCGCUAUGUUUUUCUAUGAAGGCGACCAGGACAAGACUCUUGGAAAGAGGAUAAAAAGUGCUCUGAUUUGGGUGGUUACUACAGCUGUUGUUUGUGCUCUGGUGCUUGGGAUAUUAUACGGAGUCAUUGGGAAGGUGGACUUCUCUGUCAGGCACUUGUCUUCUGCCACAACGACUUUCCCUACUUCAUGGCAGUUUUCAAAUAAUCAACCUUGCAUUGGUAACACUGCUCGUCAGUGCUCAGCAUAUUCAGCUAAUGCUGCAUCUGAGAAGACAUGGACCAUGCGUACUACGUUUCCAGAAUAUGUUGUUGCUCUAGCUACAGUUGUUGGGUCAGUGCUCUUCACGAUAUUUGGUGGUGUUGGUAUUGCUUGUCUACCCUUGGGACUUAUCACUGCAUUCAUCAGGCGACCAAAGGCUGUUAUCACUCGGUCACAGUAUAUAAAGGAAGCUACCGAACUAGGUAAAAAGGCAAGAGAACUAAAGAAAGCAGCUGAUGCACUUCACCAGGAAGAACGAAGUGGUGCUAAAGGAAGGAAGUGGAGGAAAAAUGUGAAAGCAGUUGAAAAGGAGUUGCUUCAAUUGGAAGAAGAUGUGAACCUCUUAGAAGAGAUGUAUCCGCAAGGAGAGAAGGCAGAAACUGCUUGGGCCUUCACUGUCCUGGGAUACUUGGCCAAGUUUAUCCUUGGAAUCUUAGGAUUAAUUGUUUCUGUGGCUUGGAUUGCACACAUCAUCAUAUAUCUACUUGUUGACCCUCCCCUCUCUCCUUUUCUUAAUGAAGUUUUCAUCAAACUUGAUGACGUCUGGGGUCUUCUGGGCACAGCUGCUUUUGCUUUCUUCUGUUUCUAUCUCCUACUUGCGGUUAUUGCUGGGGCAAUGAUGCUUGGUUUGAAACUGGUCUUCAUUACUAUUCAUCCAAUGAAAUGGGGAGCCACUCUUAUGAAUUCUUUCCUCUUCAAUGUCGGUCUCAUUCUCCUAUGUUCAAUCAGUGUGAUUCAAUUCUGCGCCACUGCAUUUGGAUAUUAUGCUCAAGCCACCGCCGCUCAGGAAAUAUUUGGCCACACUUUGCAGUCUCUUCGUGGUAUUAAGUACCUCUACAAGUACAAUGUGUUCCAGAUCGGGUUUGUUGUCCUUGCUGGAUUGACCUUUUUAUAUUACAUUGCCUUUGGAUGGAGAAGAAAAAAGCCGAGCGGUAGAUUCCAGCUCUCUACCUAAUGUAAAUCUCGUCUUUUUAUUUUAUCCUUUUUGUUUCCUCGUCUUUGGGAUUUGAUUGCGUGCCGCUGAGGAUUGCUCUGUCCACAACUAUACCGAGAUUGGUCUCAUGAUCUGUGCAAGUGGUCUUAUAUCAUAAGAACAAGCACCUGCCCAAAAAGCUUCUCUUUCUUCUGAUUCUCUUUGCUGGUGAGGUUUGGUUUCAUGUCACUUGAAUGUAAUAUUGUUCUUUUUUUCUCUCUAUUUUUCCUUCUUUUCUUUUCUCAUGUAUCUAUUGUUUUAUUUUUGUUUGAUUAAUUACGAGAAAGAUCUCUGUGUCGCCGUCUUCUCAUGGUCUGUUGUACUGCUUGGAAUACUUUCUUGUAACCAUUUACUUGGUUAAGAGUUUAGAUUGCAGAACGAAUUCAGAAUUUGGAGUUA